CCCGGCCAGCUGCACUUCAACCAGUGUCUAUCUGCUGAAGAGAUCUUCUCCCUUCAUGGCUUUUCCAAUGCCACCCAGAUUACCAGCUCCAACUUCUCUGCCAUCUGUCCAGCAGUCUUACAGCAACUGAACUUUCACCCUUGUGAGGAUCGGCCCAAGCAAAAAAGCAAGCCAAGUCUUUCGGAAGUUUGGGGAUAUGGAUUCCUGUCAGUGACAAUUAUUAAUCUGGCAUCUCUCCUUGGAUUGAUUUUGACUCCGUUGAUAAAGAAAUCUUAUUUCCCGAAGAUUUUGACCUAUUUUGUGGGGCUGGCAAUUGGGACCCUUUUUUCAAAUGCCAUUUUCCAACUUAUUCCAGAGGCAUUUGGAUUUAAUCCCAAAAUUGACAACUAUGUUGAGAAGGCAGUUGCUGUGUUUGGAGGAUUUUAUAUACUUUUCUUUUUUGAAAGAAUGCUUAAGAUGUUAUUGAAGACCUAUGGGCAGAAUGAUCAUACCCACUUUAGAAAUGAUGACUUUGGUCCUCAAGAAAAAGCGCCUCAACCCAAGACUGUGCCCGCUGUCAAUGGUGUGACGUGCUAUGCAAACCCAGCUGUCUCCGAGCCUAAUGGACACAUCCACUUUGAUAAUGUCAGCGUGGUGUCUCUACAGGAUGGGAAGAGGGAGCCCAGCUCAUGCGCCUGUCUGAAGGGGCCCAAGCUGUCUGAUAUAGGGACUAUUGCCUGGAUGAUAACGCUCAGCGACGCCCUGCACAACUUCAUCGACGGGCUGGCGAUCGGGGCCUCCUGCACGCUGUCCCUGCUGCAGGGCCUCAGCACAUCCAUCGCCAUCCUGUGCGAGGAGUUCCCCCACGAGCUAGGGGACUUCGUGAUCCUCCUCAAUGCCGGGAUGAGCACCCGGCAAGCCUUGCUGUUCAACUUCCUUUCGGCCUGCUCCUGCUACCUUGGGCUGGCUUUCGGCAUUUUGGUGGGCAACAACUUUGCUCCGAACAUCAUAUUUGCACUCGCCGGAGGCAUGUUUCUCUACAUCUCUCUGGCAGAUAUGUUUCCAGAGAUGAACGACAUGCUGAGAGAAAAGGUAACCGGGAGGAAGACCGAUUUCACCUUCUUCCUGAUCCAGAAUGCCGGGAUGCUCACCGGGUUCACAGCCAUCCUGCUCAUCACCUUGUACGCGGGAGAGAUCGAACUGGAGUAAGGGGAGCUGCACGGGCUGUGGUAGUGGAUGCAUUUAACAGACACGUCUGCAGAGAGAUUUGCAAGCUGGUCCUCUGGAGUUAAAAGAUAAUUUUGUUUUCAACUGGAGGUCAAGAAAACUGAUGACUGGUCUCAGAUCUGCGAACUAAGCCAUUAUUUGUUGUUGAAAAUGCUUCCGGGGUCUUUGGUUCCAUUCCGAUAUGCCUGGUACAUGAGAUCGUUGGUUAAUACCCAUUUUGUGAUGUUUUUUAUGCCUAUUAGAAAAUCACAAAGUAAGAAACUUGCUUUCUAUAAUCACAUAGAUAGCUAGAUCCACAGAAAAAUACAAGUUAGGGUGUAUAAACUUUUACAACUUUAUGAUAGGAUCAAAGAUUCAAGUAGUUUCAGAGUGGUUUUCUUUUAAUUAACUUGUUCUGGGGUUUUCAAGAGCAAGAACAUCAAAAUGUGGAAAUCAAAAUGUGCACAACACCCAUAUAAAUGAUCCCAAGGCCCCAUGAACCCAGAAAGGGAAGAGUGUGUGCAGCUUGCGUUCUGUUUGCUGCUUCAUUUAGGAACUUGUGGGGUUGUUCUGAAAACCAUUACAGAAGAAUUUUGAAUUAGGAAGUAAAUUAAGUUUUGCUAGCCCUGCUUAGCUUGGGCCGAGAUUCCAGAUUCCGUAAAAAGCCAGAAUUUCUUUUCCUUUUUUUUUUUUUUUUGUGACUUGGGUUCUGGCUGUACCUCUUACAAAGGGCAGAGCAGCACGGAGAGCUGGUGCCGACUGGGUUCCAGGGAACCACGUGUUGACUUUGCGAAGAGGAAGAGUCUAUGGGUGUAGAGAAAGACCUCGAAUGGCCUUUUGAGCAAUUUGUUUUUAUAGAGGAACAUAAUGACUUAGCAGAGAAUAUUUUACUGACUGCAAAACAACAGCUUGACCACUGGACAUGAAGAACUGAGGAACUAGAAACAUACUUCCCUUACGGGUGAAGGCAAUUCAUUCAAAAAACUUCUCUCGGCUCGCUCUGCAUUUUCCCAUGUGGUGUAUUUUGGGGAACAGAGUAGCACAUUGUGGUUAUCUUUCUACCUUUAUAAGAGAUGACGUCUGUUUACGCCUUUAGUAGACACAGAAAAUUGGUCUAAAUUGAACGUCCCAACCCCAGUGACACUCCCAAGUCACUUCAGGAAAGAUCAUUUGACCAUGAGGAAAAUGAUCGCUACAAGCCGAUAAUGCUCUCAGGAAUUACGUUUUCCCACAGGCCAUAACAUAUUUUCACAUAGCAAUAGUGUGGAUUUGACAGAUAUUUAACAUGUAUGUUAAUGUAUGUUUCACUUUGUGACUGACAAUGAAAAAAAAAAUGAUUGUUGGACCAAAGAGUAAACACUUUUGAAGCCAUGGA